GGGGAGCUCCUGAGCCCUUGCCGCUGUGACGGCUCAGUGCGCUGUACACACCAGCCCUGCCUCAUCCGCUGGAUCAGUGAGAGGGGCUCCUGGAGCUGUGAACUCUGCUACUUCAAGUACCAGGUCCUGGCCAUCAGCACCAAGAACCCACUGCAGUGGCAGGCCAUCUCCCGGACUGUGAUUGAGAAGGUCCAGAUUGCUGCCAUAGUUCUGGGCUCCCUGUUCCUCGUCGCCAGCAUCUCCUGGCUCAUCUGGUCCUCACUUAGCCCUUCAGCCAAGUGGCAGCGCCAGGACCUGCUCUUCCAGAUCUGCUACGGCAUGUACGGCUUCAUGGAUGUUGUCUGCAUAGGCCUCAUCGUUCAUGAAGGCUCUUCUGUCUACCGCAUCUUCAAGCGCUGGCAGGCAGUGAACCAACAGUGGAAGGUCCUGAAUUAUGACAAGACCAAGGACAUAGGAGGAGAUGCAGGGGGAGGGACAGCAGGGAAGCCAGGCCCCAGGACCUCACGGACCAGCCCCCCUGCCGGGGCCCCCAGCCGGCCCCCAGCUGCCCAGCGCAUGCGGACGCUCUUGCCUCAGCGCUGUGGUUAUACAAUCCUGCAUCUCCUUGGACAGCUACGGCCACCAGAUGCCCGGUCCAGCUCUCAUUCAGGACGAGAGGUUGUCAUGAGGGUCACCACAGUUUGACCUGGACUCCAGGGCCAGGGAUCUCAAGUCAGAGUGACAGCCAGAGACGAGCUCUCCUGGCUGCUGGAGGUACGACCUAGACAAAGUGUUUGGGGCACAGUGGCCCCACCACUGAGGAUCUCUGUGGACAGCCUCAAGCUUGGAGACAUUGUCUGGCCUCUACUGCCCACGGGGUAGAGACACCUGGAUGACAUUCCAACUCCCACUGAUACCGCCUCAUACUCAUCUUGAGGAUGGCCAGCAGGCAAGCAGGGAGAACAGCUUUUCUUCUUGGAGAGAACCAUCUUUACCUCAGCUCUAGGGCCUCCAGUCCCCUGGCUCCACCAUGGUGACUUGGUAAAGGGAGACCAAUGCCAGAAUAAAAAGGGGCUGUAGACUCCCCCAUUCCCCACCCCAUGGCCACAGGGCAUCUGGCAAUAAGACUCGUAAACAUUGACCUCCCGUUCCCUGCAUGAGGGCGGGGGACCUCCCCCCUGCACCACCCCCCAUUGCAUGGGGGAAGGGCAUAAAGAAUCAUUUAUAUGCA